AAUUGUGCAAGAAAAAGAGAAGAGUUGAGAUGUAUGUUUUGUCCUUUGUUUUACACACCAAAUAGCCUACUUUCUAAAUUGAAUUAACUUAAUCCCUUGUUACAGAAAAAUAUCAGAAGUUCAUGGUCAAAUAUGGAUCACAAUGGUUCUGCCUUAUUGCACAUGUGAACUGAUUUGGCUUACAACUGGGGACAGGCAGUAAUACAUAUUUGAGGUAGUGGAAUUAACAAUGGCAUUUGAGACUGUAAUCAAGAAAUGCUCCAUGACAGACCAAAAAUAUCAGUUUGUGUAUUUUUCUUCUGGGCUGCAGGAUGUGAUUUUCUUGUUCAAGCGCCUCGUUUCUAAUCCGAUCUCCAGAUUGAUAUUCUGAAGUCUGAAUAAUUGAAGACUUUUUUUCUUUCUCUUGAAGUCAGGUGGCCGGAAGGUGCCGAGGAGGAGCGCAAGAGAGAAAGGAACAGAGAGCGCAAGAGAGAGAAAGAGAGAGAUUGCAGAUUCUCCUUCUUGCCUUUCCAUUAGCGACAUUCACUCCUCUCAGAAGAAGCUUACACGUCCACACUUGCGCACUAGGCGGACCUCUCACGCCCUUCUCAGUUUGGUUCCUGAGAUGCUCCUACCUGGCAAAGAGAUAGAUAACCCCUCCAGCAGCGGCUCCCCAUGACGGUAUUACCCCGAGCAUGGUGCAAAAAUCCCGCAACGGCGGGGUCUACCCCGGCCCCGCCGCCGAGAAGAAGCUCAAAGUGGGCUUUGUUGGGCUAGAGGCAGGAGCGACAGACUCGAACCGAGACGGGGCUCUGCUCAUAACCGGCACCGAGGAAACCAAACGAGGCAGCAUCUUGAGCAAGCAGCGCUCCAGCAUCUCCGGGAAGAAACCACCGAAGAGAAACGCCUUCUAUAGACGGCUGCAGAAUUUCCUUUACAAUGUAUUGGAGAGACCAAGAGGAUGGGCGUUUAUUUACCAUGCUUAUGUGUUCCUGCUGGUGUUCUCCUGUCUGGUCCUCUCAGUGUUCUCCACCAUCAAGGAGUACGAGAAGAGCUCCGAGGAUGCUUUGUACAUACUGGAAAUUGUGACCAUCGUUGUGUUUGGCGUGGAGUACAUCGUCAGGAUCUGGUCAGCAGGAUGCUGCUGCAGGUACAGGGGAUGGAGAGGCCGGCUGAAGUUCGCCCGCAAGCCCUUCUGCGUCAUCGACAUCAUGGUGCUGAUAGCCUCCAUCUCGGUGCUGGCCGCCGGUACCCAGGGGAAUGUGUUUGCCACCUCGGCUAUCAGGAGUUUGCGUUUCCUGCAGAUCCUGCGAAUGAUCCGGAUGGACCGGCGAGGGGGGACCUGGAAACUCCUCGGUUCGGUCGUCUAUGCCCACAGCAAGGAGCUCAUCACAGCCUGGUACAUUGGCUUCCUGUGCCUGAUCCUGGCCUCCUUCCUGGUCUAUCUGGCAGAGAAGGAGGACAACGAGAUGUUUGAGACCUAUGCCGAUGCUCUCUGGUGGGGCUUGAUAACCCUGACCACCAUUGGCUAUGGGGAUAAGUAUCCGCAAACAUGGAAUGGCCGUCUUUUGGCUGCAACAUUUACACUCAUUGGUGUGUCAUUCUUCGCGCUCCCAGCGGGAAUCUUGGGCUCUGGUUUUGCCUUGAAAGUGCAAGAACAACAUCGACAGAAACACUUUGAAAAACGGCGCAAUCCUGCAGCCGGGCUUAUCCAGGCGGCAUGGAGGUUUUAUGCCACGAAUCUCAACCGCACAGACAUGCAGUCGACUUGGGACUACUACGAAAGGACUAUAUCUGUCCCAAUGUACAGGUAUUGA